AUGGUUCCCCUAAGCACUCAUAGAGCCUCAUCAUUAGUACCACCAUCUUCUUCCACUUCUCCAAGACCUCGAUGUGUACAUGAUGUUUUCCUCAAUUUCUAUGGCAAAGACAACCGUAAGAGUUUUACAAACCAUUUAUACACCGCUUUAGAAAAGAAAGCCAUUAUCGCCUUUAAAGACGAUGAGAAACUUGAGCGACGAAAGUAUAUUUCUCAAGAGCUCUUGAAAGCAAUACGUGAAUCCAUGUACGCCAUCCCCAUUAUCUCAAAAAACUAUGCUUCCUCAAGAUGGUGCUUGAUUGAACUUGCCUUAAUUGUCGAAUGCAUGAGAGAGACGGGUUUGACAGUUUUGCCUGUUUUCUACCAUGUUGAUCCCUCUGAGGACCUUGUUGGAAUAGAAUCUCGUGUGGAUGAACUGAUGAACGUGCUUGGUAUUGGAUUGGAUGAUGUUCGCUUUAUAGGAAUUCAUGGUAUGGUUGGAGUGGGUAAGACAACUUUGGCGGAAGUCAUUUAUGAUAGAAUAUCUUACCAAUUGGAAGCUAGCAGCUUUAUUGCCUGUAUUAGAGAAGAAACUAGAAAUCGUGGUUUAGUUUAUUUACAAAAACAACUUAUUUCUAAGAUCUUCAUGGAAAGAGCAAUAAAUAUAUGGGAGGAUCGUGAGGGAAUGAAUAUGAUACGGAAUAGACUAUUUUAUAAAAAAGUAUUUUUAGUCCUUGAUGAUGAGGACAGAGAUGAACAUCUAACAACAUUAGCAGGGAGCCAUGAUUGGUUUGGUCUAGGGAGUAAAAUCAUUUUAACAAGCAGAGAUAACCAUUUAUUGAAAAGACAUGGAGUGAAUGAUAUCUAUAAGGUUACUGAGUUGAAUAAUGAUGAAGCAUUGCAGCUCUUUAGUUUGGCAGCUUUCAAGAAACCCUAUCUUGAAGAAAAUUAUGUGGAUUUAUCCAAAGGCUUUGUGAUAUAUGCUCAAGGCCUUCCUUUAGCUCUCAAAGUUUUAGGGUCCUCCUUGUUUGGUAGAGGAACAAAUGCAUGGAAAGGUGCUUGGGAUCAACUGAAAGCAAAUCCUAAUAAAGGAAUUUUAGAUAUACUCCAAGUAGGUUUUGAUGGAUUGGAGGAUUUGCAAAAGAAACUGUUUUUAGAUAUUGCUUGUUUUUUCAAUGGAGAGGUGACAAUUAUUUUUUGUUCGACAUUUCUGAGGAAUUCCGAAAAAGCUAAGAAGUCCAGUUUUGGGAGUUUGAAAUGCUUUGAUCUUAGCGGCUCUCAAAACUUGUUGGAGACACUAGAUUUCACUGGAGUCCCAAGUCUUGAGACACUAGACCUUGAAGGUUAUUUAUCUAAGGUCCAUAAAUCUAUUGGUGUUCUCAAACGGCUUAGACGAGUGAAUCUACAUGCUUGCAAACGCCUUAAAAGCUUUCCAAAUGAGAUUAGCUUGGAGUCUCUUGAACAUUUUUAUCUUUCUGAUUGUUCAAGAUUUGAUAAGUUCCCAGACAUUAUGGGAAACAUGACUUUAUUUGGAUGUUUGUCUUCUCUUAAAAUUCUGGAUGUAUCUGAUUGCCUAGUUCUUGGUAGAAUUCAAGACAUGAAUGGUGAGCGGUAUCUGGAACAAUUGUAUAAAGGUGGAACUGCUAUCAAAUUCACUAAGUUUUUCCCAGUGCUAGAGCUUGGCUCAAAUGAUGCUUGCUCUACGCAAGAAAUGUUUAUGACCAUUGAUGACUUUAUUAGGGCCUUCUAUAUUGGUUUUGAUGACAGAGUCUACUAUAUUAGAAGCUUGAAUCAUGAAGAAAGUAAUUUGCAAACAAAGGCUGUGACGUUGUGA